AUGUCAAACCGCUACUCGGUCUUCUCGACCCAAUCCGCGGGCCUAUCGGCCGGGCCGCGGCCACAGCAUGCGACGCAGGUCUCGACCACGACCUUGCUGAAUGCUCUACACUCGUUCUACAUCGCGGGCCAACCCUACCAGCUUGACGCGAGCACUAGCCUGGCCGUCAACUCUUGGGUCACGGCGGCUACCACCCUCCCUGAUGGCCGCAGCGGAGCCACGGUCGACCGCGACCUGGCCGUGAGAGCUUGGGAACAUGCCCGACGACGGGCAGAGGAUGGUUGUGUUGUUUUAUGCUCGACCCAUCAGUCCACCCCAUCUCUUUUAGAACCAUUUCUCGCCGCGCUGCCACUGCCCACUCCGGACGCUACAUUCGCCGCUCUGGCUGCCUUGCGGCCCUUUCUUUCUGCAGUUACAGCAUUUAACCCGUCUUACAACCUGCACUCGGCCCUGUCGGCCUCUUACACCUUGACACUUCAUGGAAACGUCGUUGACCUCUCUCUGGCUCUGUCGACCUCCGGUAUCAACGUGCGGAAAGGUCUGUUGGAAAUUCCGAACGAGGCCGGGUAUCGUGCCUUUGAUGUCUUUUAUUAUCUUCUGACCUCCGCCUCCUCAACCGCGGAGCGUGAAUUUCUGGGUCUCAAGGACCUCUCGGCUUAUUCCCUGCUCAACCGAUCCAGCACGUAUUCACCUCCGUCCUAUCUGCCAGCUGCCGAUGAUGCAGCAGCUGCGGAAGAUUUUCGGGCCUCACUGAAGACCAUUGGUAUCAAGGGAGCGGCCCUGCGAGGCUUACUAUCUGUGCUUGCGGGUCUGAUCAAGCUUGGUGACGCAGCAGGCUUCCAAGUGGACGAAGAGGAUCUGGAAGAGGUUUGUGAGGAUGUCGGUGGGCUGCUUGGAUUGGACCCGGAGAUUCUGCUGCACAAAUGUUCUACAGAUGAACGCGAGGUCUUGAUUGCUGGAAUCUACGAAGCACUGGUAGAUUGGGUGAUCAAGCAGGCGAACGAAGCCAUCGCAGCCGAAGUUCAAAACACGCUGGAGAAUGAUUCCAGCAAUGGCGGUGCCGGCACUCAGUGGGCGAAUGAAGACACGGUCAGCCUGGUCGUUCUCGACAUUCCGCGGCCCGCUCUCGGCAAAGCUAUUGCAAUGAGAGGUGUGUUUGACGAUAAUCUGGGAAUCAACGCCGAGAUGAAGGAGGACGGAAUCCCCAUCCCCCCGAUAGGGUCUUCUGUCGUCAACGAGAUGACUGGCGCAGUGGCCCAAGUUGAGCCUGACCUUGGCAUCACUACCGGCGCGGCUGGACGAGAACGUGAAUACGAGCUCGACAAACGACAAGGGGUCCUGGAGAAGGUCGGGGUGGAGAUUGAAGGGGACUCUUUCCUGCGACGAGUACUCUUCCCUGUGGAGGGCGAGGGCAUCUCUGUCGGCAAACGAGGUCGCUUCGAUCUUUCCACUAUGCUCGGCAGCAGUCGGGUGUGGUACCAUCUCUCAGUGCACCCGACCGACGACUCGCCAGACAGCUUGAACGGUUCCACCUCGACCUGGUCAGCCGGCGCAGUGUCGCGUCAAUUGCGAGACUGGCGGCUCCCCGAAUGGGCUAACCGACGCCUGAAGCAGCUCGACUUCACUGCCGAUUUUGACGUCGAGGAGUUUGUCGAUCGCUACGCGCGAUUAGGCUGCACUGAAGGCCAAGACGGUGUUGAAAACUGGAUCAUGGAGAGGGGCUGGAGCAACGGCGAUGCCGUGGUUGGCCACCAACGAGUCUGGAUGAGAGAGAGCGCAUGGUGGGAAGCCGAGUCUAUGCUCGAUCUCAAGCCAGACGAAAAUCCCCAAAACCCCUUUGUGUAUGGUGCGACCAUGUACGACGCGGGCAUGGCUCCCGCUGCCAACCCUCUCGGCGAGGCGACUGGCCUUAUGGGAAGCCGAGAUGAUGUCCUCAUGCAACAAGCAGGCCUCGCGGCUCCCAGCGUUUUUGGAGGGGCCAAGUCGAUCGCCCCGAGCAUGCCAUUUACUAAUGCCGCUAGUGGCGGUGACUAUGGGCUGGGUCUCAAGGGAGACGAUAAGAAGGGCGACAUUGCAUACUACGACGACUACGGCCGAUACAUGGGUGACCUCGAUGCCGAAUUCGGAGACCCCAAACACAUCGAGAAGAAAAACAUCACUACCGGUCGUCGGAUUUGGGCAGGAUUUGUCUGGGCCCUGACAUUUUGGAUUCCAUCCUUCGUGCUGAGGUUCGUUGGCCGCAUGAAGCGCCCAGAUAUUCGAAUGGCCUGGCGAGAGAAACUCGUCCUCGUGCUCCUGAUCCUGCUCUUCAAUGGGAUUGUCUGCUUCUACAUCAUUGCAUUUGGUGACCUGCUCUGUCCUAACAAAGAUAAAGCCUGGAAUAACCAGCAGGUCAGCUGGCAUACGGGAGACGAUGAUUUCUAUGUCAGCAUCCAUGGCCGGGUCUACGACAUCAGCAAAUUCUGGCGGUUGCAACACAGUGAUAAGGUCGGCUACGACACUGACGCGGCCAAUAUGAAGCCCUUCGCUGGGUUGAACUUGGACGGUUAUUUCCCCCCUCCGCUCGUUCGAUACUGCGCCCCAUUCGUCAAGGACCAACAAAUCCAGAUGAAGAACAACGACUCGACCGCUGUCCUGUACUCAAAUGCGGUGCACUCCUCCGGCCCGGUGGAACAGCCUGACCCUAACACGAAACUCCACGACCUCAGCUGGUACCCAGACAUCUUCCUACCGAAGAUCGCCAAUUACUACAAAGGUGAAUUGGUGUGGUCGAAGGGCACAAUUCAAAGUCAAGCCAAUAAUUACCAGCGGUAUUGGGUUAUCAUGGACCAGAAGGUUUACGACUUGACGAACUACUUUUACACGAUCAAGGAGAUGGCCGGUUACAAGGGGUAUGAAUUCCUGCCGAACGAGGUCACUACGCUCUUCAAAAACUUUCCGGGAACCGACGUGACCGAUAAGUGGCAAGACACAGAGCCCUUCCGUAAUGCCCAGCAGUGCUUGGACUAUGCGUUCUAUGUUGGCAAGGUCGAUUUCCGCGACACACCUCGCUGUACCGUGAACAACUGGAUUCUCCUGGCGUUCACUAUCCUGAUCUGCGCCGUGAUCCUCGUCAAGUUCCUUGCGGCUCUGCAGUUAGGAUCCAAACGUCGACCGUCGCCACAGGACAAGUUCGUGAUUUGUCUAGUCCCAGCGUACACGGAAGGGGAGGAUGCGUUGCGCAAAGGGCUGGAUUCAUUGACGGCACUGCAGUAUGACAACAAAAGGAAGCUAAUCUGUGUGGUCUGCGACGGUAUGAUCGUUGGUGGCGGAAAUGACCGGCCUACGCCCAAGAUUGUUCUGGACAUUUUGGGCGUGGACCCCAAGAUGGACCCGCCAGCGCUGCCAUUCAAGUCCGUCGGCCAGGGGAGCGAGCAACUUAACUAUGGCAAAGUGUAUUCUGGUCUCUACGAAUACGAGGGUAACGUCGUGCCCUAUGUCGUGGUGGUCAAGGUGGGCAAGGAAUCCGAACAGAGCAAGUCUAAGCCCGGCAACCGAGGCAAGCGAGACUCGCAGAUUCUCAUGAUGAACUUUUUGAACCGGGUGCACCACCGCGCUCCCAUGUCGCCGCUGGAGCUCGAGAUGUUCCAUCAGGUCAACAACGUCAUCGGCGUGGACCCGGAGCUGUAUGAAUACUGUUUCAUGGUCGACGCAGAUACCAGUGUCAAGGAGGAUUCUCUCAACCGGCUGGUUGCGGCUUGUGCGGCAGACGCGAAGAUUGCUGGCAUUUGCGGUGAAACCAGUCUCCAAAACGAGGAGCGGAGUUGGUGGACUAUGAUUCAGGUCUAUGAGUACUACAUCUCGCACCACCUGGCCAAGGCAUUUGAGUCCCUCUUCGGCAGUGUGACCUGUCUUCCUGGAUGUUUCUGCAUGUACCGUCUCCGGACGGCGGACAAGGGACGCCCUCUGAUCAUCUCGGAUAAAGUAAUCAAGGAAUAUGCGGACAACGACAUCGACACGCUUCACAAGAAGAAUCUCCUGUCUUUGGGCGAGGAUCGGUACUUGACAACGCUCAUGACCAAGCACUUCCCGACGAUGCGGUACAAGUUCAUCCCCGAUGCAUUCGCGAGCACGGCUGCUCCGGAGACAUGGGGCGUGCUCCUGUCCCAACGACGUCGCUGGAUCAACUCGACCAUCCACAACCUGGUGGAGCUAGCCGCUCUCAAAGACCUGUGUGGUUUCUGCUGCUUCAGUAUGCGUUUCGUUGUGCUUGUCGACUUGCUCGGAACGAUCAUCCUCCCGGCCACGUGCGUCUACCUUGGAUAUCUCAUCUACCGAGUCGCCAGUGGUACUGGCCCAUUCCCAAUCAUUUCGAUCGCAAUGCUGGCGGGUGUGUACGGCUUGCAGGCGGUUAUCUUCAUCAUCAAGCGACAGUGGCAGCACGUUGGAUGGAUGAUCAUCUAUAUCAUUGCAUUCCCCAUCUACAGCUUCGUCUUGCCGCUGUAUUCCUUCUGGUUCCAGGAUGACUUUACAUGGGGUAACACCCGCGUGGUUAUCGGCGAAAAAGGCGACAAGCGAGUCAUUGCCGUGGAGGACGAAGGGUUCGACCCGCGUAGCAUACCGCUCCAGCGCUGGGAUGACUACGCCAUGGCUAACAACCUCCCCGGCCGCCGUGGCGAUUACGGCGCCAGCCAGGAGAAGGUCUACGCGACCGGCCGGUACAUCGACGAGACGGCCAUGGAGAUGGACGACAUGCACUCGCAGUACUCGUCCGUCCGACCGGCAUCCACCAUCCUGACCGGGUUCCCCGGCCAGGCUCGCCAAGUCAAUCCAUACAUGCCCCCGCAAUCCCCCGCUCCGUUCAUGGGCGGCGCGAACAUGCCAGGCAACCGCAACUCGCACAUGUCGAACUUCUCCCGCUACACAGACUAUCCGCAAAUGGGAGGCGGACCCCCGACAGCGCCUUCACGGCACAUGUCCGUCGGCAACCUCAGCGCCUACCAAGACCAGCCCAACCUCCACUCGAGCCGACACAGCAUCGGUCUAAUGCAGAGCACGGAGAACCUGCUGUCGAACUCGCGGUCUCGCAGUCCGAUGGGCCAGUACCCGUCUCGACCGGCUAGUACAGCCUUCGAUUUCCGCGGUGGCAGCAGCGGACCAGACGAGCAGGCUAUCACAGAAGCUAUCCGGAACUGUCUGGCUGAAGUGGAUUUGGACACGGUGACCAAGAAGCAGGUGCGCUCUCUCGUUGAACAGCGCCUCCAAACGUCGCUCACGGGCGACAAACGUGGGUUCCUAGAUCGGCAAAUCGACCAGGAACUGGCGAAUAUGUGA